AUGCCGCGAAAGAGAAGUGCAAGAACCGAGGCGAGCGACCAUGAUGAUUGGCACCAUAUAUCCGAUCAGACAUUGCGAAAGCGCAUACAGAACCGAGUGGCACAACGGAAACACCAAUGCCAGAACGAAAUGGACUUCUGGCCCUACCCUGCAGGGCCUUCGCCGAACGACUCUUUGCUAUACGCAUCUGGUCAUUCACCGGAUGGAUCAUCUCAUGCGUCCAUGUCAGCGCUGAGCGAUGUGGGGUUGAAUCUAGAUGCCGACAUUACGUCUCUUUCCGGGCAGCCUGUAGCUCAUAUGGUCCAGAGUUGCGAUGAUAGUAUUUUGCGCACACCAGAUGCCAUGUCUUGGUCGGCCGGCGGUCACCAAGAUGGACCUCGAAACAGCAAAUACCUGAGUUCGGAAAAUCGCAAUUUCACGGAACAAAGCUUGCUUUACGCCCCCACUGCGGCCAAAGGGACACCUCAGAGCUAUGAUUCCAACUCGUGUAACGACACGGCCGAAUCAAAUCGAGAUAUUGUUUCGCAAAAGCAACCGGCAAAUUACUACAAUACACCCUCGUCAGUUCUGUUCGAUCUCCACUUUGGUGGGGACUCAAAUAGCUCGACUCAGAACAAUCGAGGCGGAUCAUCGACAGAAGGAGAUCGAUCGCCUCACACGCACGCGCCUCAGAUCAACAACGAAGAUUUACAACAGGCCAAGAAUAGCAUUGACUCGCCAAGAUGUCUUGCCACACGGAUCGAGAAGGCGAUUGAGGUUAUCCGCGAGCUGGGCUUUGACAGCGUCGAUGAGCUCGCUACACAGUACUACACUGCGGAUCUUCAACGCCGACCUGCCCUUCAGCACAGACGUCAACUAUCCCGUCGACGAGGUCUGGUUGAUCUCUUUCGCUCGAUUGAAGAAGACUCGAGAGAUAAGUGGACGGAGUGGGAGGUACAAGGUUAUCGUGAUGAGAUUCUGAGAUCAGCAGAGGAGAUCCUGGAUGAGGAGUUCUCUCGAUUUGUCAAGCUUUACGGAAACGGCAAGAAUACAGAGGGGAAUCUGGGGAAACAGAGACGCCGGUUUCAAGACAAGCUACCAAACCUGUCAAGUCUACUUAGUGUGCUUGGCAUGUCCAUUCAACCCCAAGGAAAUACAGACCGAACUGGAGCAAUGGUGUGUGCAAUCAGCGUGCUGUUGGGUAGUCUCGAUGUUCAAAGUCCAAACGAAUGA